CUGAAGUUAAAAAAAUUUAAUAAUAAUAAUCCAGAAACCCCCAAUAGCGAGAGGACAUUCAGUGUUUAGUCUGCAAUGAGAAGUGAACAGACCGAAAAUGGAGAAAACUCAACAAACUCGAGCGAGAUGCUGAUCAACCAGCUGAGGGAGAUCACUGGCAUCCAGGACCAACAGAUCCUCUACAGAGCCCUGACCGCCAGUCAGGGUGACAUUGGCCAUGCAGUGGGACUGCUGACCACCCAGCCUGCAGAGGUCCAGGACCCCGGAGAAGCUCAGCUCUCAGGGACGUCUACAGAAGCCUGGGAGGGCCAGAAAGGCGUCCCUAAAGAUGAGCUGCAGGCCGCCAUCGAGCUCAGCCUGCAGGACUCCCACCAUGCUCAGGAGGAGGAGCGAGAGUUUCACAGAGCUCUGGAGGCCAGCGCCGAGGAGAACGCCGCCAGAAUAAAGAGGAAGCGGUGCGAGGCUCAGAAUGAGAUGUGCAGCCCGGCAGACUGGAUCCGGCAGGACGACUGGCCCGUGGGCAUCCGCAACGUGGGAAACACCUGCUGGUUCAGCGCCGUCAUCCAGUCGCUGUUCCACCUGCCCGUUUUCAGGAGGCUGGUUCUCAACUACCACCUGUCUGAGCGACUGCUGGAGAAGUGUAAGAGCCAUGCGGACAAGAGGAACAUCGCCUUCAUGCAGGAGCUGCGCUGCCUGUUCGCCCUCAUGGUGGGCUCCACCCGCCGGUUUGUGGAUCCCUCUGCCGCCGUGGAGCUACUGCGAGACGCUUUCAGGACCAACGAGGCCCAGCAGGACGUCAGUGAGUUUUCCCACAAACUGCUCGACUGGCUGGAGGACGCGUUUCAGCUGGCUGCCAAUGGAAAGAAUGCAGAAGACAAACAGCACAACCCCAUGGUCCAGCUUUUCUAUGGAACUUUUGUCACAGAGCGAAAGCAUGAAGGUAAGACGUUAUGCAACAUCGAGCAGUUCGGGCAGUACCCCCUGCAAGUCAACGGCUUCAACAACCUGGACGAGUGUCUGGAAGGGGCCAUGGUGGAGAGGGAGAUCGAGUCGCUGCACUCGGAUCACGGCGUCACGUCCGGCCGCGAGAGAUGGUUCAAAAAGCUGCCGCCGGUCCUGACGUUCGAGCUCUCUCGGUUUGAAUUCAACACCCAGCUCGGGCGGCCCGAGAAAAUCCACAAGAAGCUGGAGUUUCCUCAGAUCGUUUAUAUGGACAGAUAUCUUCACAAAAACAUCGACCGGACCCACGAGAGGAGAGGAGAAGUGAAGAAGCUGAAGGAGCAGCUCGCCCUCCUUCAGCAGAAGCUGGAGUGCUACAGAAACUACGGCUCGGGGCCGACCAAGUACCCGCUGGCCGACAUGCUCCAGUUUGUGCUGGAGUUCGCCACCACCAAGCCCACCAGUGUUUCUCCAGCCGAAGACCCGAGAUUAGCGACGUCUUCCCCGACCCCCGUGAGCCUCCCGCCCGUGGAAACCGCCUCCAAAGACAACAGUGAAGCUGCAGAAGCAGAUUCCGCCGAGGGGCUGGCGUCAGGGGUUUCCAGCUGCCAGCGGACGCCCAUCUAUAAGCCCUUCACCCAGUGCAGGCACCCGGUCGACUGCCCGCCGCACCCGGCGCCCCACAACGUCACCGAGGAGGAGCUCCACUUCGUCAAGACCUGCCUGCAGCGCUGGAGGACAGAAGUGGAGAACGACAUAAAUGAGCUGAAAGCCAGUAUUGACAAGCUGACGCAGACGCUGGAGGGCAUGUACUCAGACAACAGCCUCUGUCAGGUACCGUACAGGCUUCACGCCGUGCUGGUCCAUGAGGGACAAGCUUCAGCCGGGCAUUACUGGGCGUACAUCUACGACCACGCCAACCGGCGCUGGAUGAAGUACAACGACGUCAGCAUCACCGAGUCGUCGUGGGAGGAGCUGGAGCGGGACUCCUUCGGCGGGAUGACCAACGCCAGCGCCUACUGCCUGAUGUACAUCGACGACAGGCUGCCUCACCUCAUCACAGAGGACACAGACAACGAGACGGGGCAGGUCCUCCGGGGGAUGGACUCGCUGCCUCCCGUCCUCAGACGCUUCGUCCACGAGGACAACCGCUGGUUCCAGCAGGAGCUCAGCGAGUGGGAGGAGCAGUUCUGCCAGACGGCGACCCCGCAGGAGGAGUCCGCGGCCCCCGUGGAGCCCGCGGGCCCCGCUCUGGACGACGCGCAGCAGACCCCCAUCGAGCCGGCCCCCCAGUCCGGACCGGCCGGCGAGGAGCAGGAGCGGGACGCCGCCACGGAGCCACAACCGGAGCCGGAGUCCGAGUCCGCGGAGAACAGAGAGGACGAGUUGAAGCCGUCCACACCUCCACCUCCACCUCCACCGCCUCCGCCUCCGCAGGAGACACCGGGCAGUCCUCCAGGCAGUGCCGCCGCCGCCGCCUCCGCCACUGCAGCUGUCGCUGACGCCUCGGAGCCCGCCCCCCCGUCGGAGGAGGGCAGGGAGCCGCAGAGUCAGGUUUGUGAUGCAGAGCCCAGCAAUCCGGCGCCGCCCGACGUCCAGGCGGAGAAGGACGACAGGGAGGCGGCGGGCGGCGGUCCGGAAGCCGGAGGCGGGACAGAAGCUCGUGAACGUGAGGCGGAGCUCACGGAGGAGGGGCGGCGGCCAGAGGAGGAGGAGGGGGGAGAGGGGGAGGCUCCAGCCAGGCAGAGGCAGACCGAGAACGAGGUCUCGGAGGUGGAGAUCCCCAACGUGGGCCGGAUCAUGGUGAGGGCCGACGCCGAUGGAUACAACGAAGAGAUGAUGCUCACUCCGGCGAUGCAGGGCGUGAUUUUAGCCAUCGCUAAGGCCAGGCACGUUUUUGAUAAGGAAGGCCCCGAGGCUGGCCUCAUUAAGGCUUUCCAUGAGGAGUACUCCCGCCUGUACGAGCUCUCCCAGGAGGAGACGACCCCGCAGGAGGACGCCCGUCUGCAGCACUGCCUGGUCUAUUUCUUCCAAAACAAGGCGCCCAAACGCGUCAUCGAGAGGACGCUGCUGGAGCAGUUCACGGACCGCAACCUCAGCUUCGACGAGAGAGCCAUCAGCAUCAUGAGGGAAGCUCGAUCCAAACUGCGCCUCAUUAAGCCAGAAGAUAUGGACAUGGAGGAAUAUCUGCAGUGGCACGACGACUACCGGCUGUUCCGCACUGUGUUUGUUUACCUGCUGACUGGACUGGAGCAGUAUCAGCACGGCAAGAUGCGAGAGGCUCUGAUCUACCUGGCCCACGCGUACGAGAACAACGCCAGCCUGCUGAAGAACGGAGAGAAACGAGGCCUGGACAAGUCUCUGAUCGGGGUUUACAGGAGGAAGUGCCUCACUACCCUGAACGAGAACGCGUCCCGCCUCUUCUGCAGCGGCGAGGAGAGCAAAGUGGAGGACGGCCUGUCCAUCAUGGACGAGGCGGUCAUCCCCUGCCUGCACCUGAUGAGCCGGGACUCGGCGCCGUCCCAGGAGGACCGGGACGCCAUGGAGAACAUCCGCAGCCACUGGUGCCGCUGCCUCGGCCAGGACAUGGACAACGCCCUGCAGGUGAAGCUGGGCGAGCUGCUUCCCAGAGUCCUGGACGGCUCGGCCGAGACGGUGCUGCUGAAGGACCCGCCCAAGGUCCAGGUCGGCCAGGCCCACGACCUGUGCAGCCGCCUGGCGGCCGUCAUGGAGUCCAUUCACAACACGUCGGUGGUCGUCGUCAAGUAAAACAAACAAAUUCAGCCGCCAGCAACUUGACUGAGGAUUUUGUGGCGUCGAGACGUUAAAUCAAAUCAUGCAUUUAUUUUUUUACACACGUGCACGUUAUUUCAACGUGCCAACGGGGUGAGCCGCAAACUUUAAUGCACGUCACAACAGCAUCGCCACUACAAGAUCUCCCCAACCUGUUUCAAACUGGGCGAAUAGUUUGUUUUCUGUUGCAACCUGCAAAAGCGUCACACAGAUAUUUAUUAAUUGCUCGUGCUGUUAUCGUAACACCACCGCUUCUGGAACUGUUGGUGAUUAAUUGCUCUUUUGAAGUGAGUAGCUCAGUUACUGAAGCAUUAGCAACAGCUGCUGCGCUCUCCAGUUACUGUUUUAUCAGCGAUUAAUCCUGACGUGACUCCAGACAUGUCCGACUAACAUCAGCAUCGGCCUGUAUUCAGAGCAUUAACAUCCCGAAAUAAAGCUGCUGCUGCUUUCUUCAUGUUUGCAAUUUAUCUGGGCUUGUUGAGUUACUGGUUCUUCACAUUAAACAAAAAAACAAACAAAAAAAAAAACCACUUCAAUAAGACAGUUUGUUGACGUCAUUAAAGAUAAAUUAGUUUACUUCCAUAUAUGUGUAAGAAAUGUUGCUUUUCUGUAAAGAAAUAAAAGUAACAGUUUGAUUUACUCCUACUAACUACAUCCAAAUCGUUCUUGCGCCACAUCUUUUACUGUAUGUCUGUCUGUUUUCCUGCACUUACUGUAAAGAGAGCUGUGGCUUUGAACAGCCACUCAUACAUUUUACUGAGCACUUAAAGCACACUGAAACCUGCUGUGAGCCAUUAGGCGCCUGGCCGGCCCUCUGGAAGCUUCAUGUAUGGACGUGUUUUUACUGACUGACUUCAUAAUUAACUGAAACCGCUGCCAACAAAUUAGACUGUCGCUCCGCUCUGCAGGAAGUGUCUGGAUUGACGGGAUUUGUUGAU